AUGCCCUCAGUCAGGUCAUGCCCUCAGUCAUGUCAUGCCCUUGGUGUUGACUGUUUUUACUGCGUGCAGGUGUCACACCACCCGCCCGUCUCCGCCGUGUACGCCAUCAACAGACGUGAGGGCUUCGCUCUCUCCGCCACCGUCCUCGCCAAGUCCAAGUUCUACGGUAAUUCGACGUCAGCCAUAUUGGACGGACGCGUGAACCUGGUGCUGCUGCCGCGGGGGGAGGAGUACACGAUGACCAUGCCUUAUGCCCACUGCAAGGGCAUCCUCAUGGGCACGCUCUCCAUGGAGCUGGGGGGCAAGGUUACCAUCGACUGCGAGAAGACGGGGUACUCCGCCGAGCUCGAGUUCAAACUCAGGCCGUUCCUGACCAUAUCAUGA